AUGAGGGUCUUUUUUUGGAAUAUUCAUGGAGUGAGGAAGGCUACUGGUAAAAGGGCCUUACGAAUGUUGGUGAAGGAGCUUUUCCCAGAUAUUUUAUGCUUGGCUGAACCUAUGGUUCAAGUGAGUAGAUUUUCCGCUCUGUUUUUCAAUAAGUUGGGUUAUUCUUUUGAUUUUAUUCACAAUAAUAAGCAGAAUAAGGUUCCAAAUUUGUGGAUUAUUUGGAAGUGUGGGAUAGCUCAUCCAAUUGUUAAAGCAAUGUCGGAACAACAUAUUUCAGUGGAGUGUGACUGGCCUGGUAGCAAGGUCGGCCUACCUUUUGUUCAUGCGAGUUCUUUCAAAGUAGUUCAUUGCCAGUUAUGGUUGGAGUUGGAAUCGCAGGUUUCAUCUGCUAUCCCAUGGUCUGUUCUUGGAGAUUUUAAUACAACCUUGCUUUCCAAUGAAAAACGGGGGCCAGGAACCUUUAAUCUUGGCUCUGCUGUGGAAUUCCAGGCGAUGAUAGAUGCUUGUUUGUUAUUACCAAUUUCAUCUACUGGAAAAAAAUUUACCUGGACAAACAAUAGGAGAAGAGGACAUGUGGCAGUAGUGUUGGAUCGCAGCUUUUGUAAUGAAAAAUGGAUAGAUUUUUUCAGAAAUGUUAUGCAGCGUGUCUUGUUGAGUUCGGUAUCAGAUCAUGCUCUGUUGCUUGUAAUUUCUGAUAUUGUCUCAAAGCCGAAUAACAUUCCAUUCAGAUUCCAUGGAUUUUGGAUGGAAAAUGAAAAUUUUCUCCCAGUGGUUGAUGAGGCGUGGAAGAUGCAGAUAAAAGGUGACCCUAUAUAUGUUUUAUCGGAAAAGCUGAAGAGAGUAAAGGGGGUGGUAAAGGUAUGGGCUCAUGAUUCCUUUCCAAAUAUAAAUAUGGAGUUAGAGCAGGCAACGAAGGUUUUAAAAUCGAUCCAAGACUCAAUUGAAGAAUUAGGUAUGUCUGAUGAUCUUUUCAAUAAAGAGGCUGAUGCUAAAACGGCCUUGUUGAUUGCUAGUCAUAGACAGGAGGCUCUUUGGGCUGAGAAGGCGAAACUGAGAUGGGUGAAAAAUGGGGACUGCAACUCCAAGCUUUUUCAUCUCUAUGUGAAGAUGAGGAGGGCGAGAAAUCAAAUUUCUGCUUUAAAGAGGGAGGAUGGGUCUUGGGUCUUGGAUCAAAGGGGAAUUGCUGAGUAUAUUGCCUCUUUCUUCAAGAAGUUUCAUGAACCAACCAGUAUUAUAGAGCAUCAUGAUCUUCUGGAUUGUAUUCCCAAAAUUCUGUCCAAUGAAGAUGUUGCUAGUCUAGAAGCGACUCCUGGCAGAGAAGAAAUCAAAAAAGCAGUGUGGGAUAUGGAUCCUGAUAGUUCUCCUGGUCCUGAUGGAUUUCCAGGAAAAUUCUUUAGGAAAUGUUGGGAGAUAGUGGAGACGGACUUUGGUAAGGCAGUUGUUUAUUUUUUUCAAAUGGGAUACUUGCCCAAGGGAAUAAAUAACUGUUUUAUUUCCUUAAUUCCAAAAUCUGAUGGUGUUUCCUCUUUGGAUAAAUUUAGGCCAAUAUGCAUGGGUAAUUUUUUCUGUAAGAUUCUAUCUAAAAUUAUGUCCUCCAGGCUUAUGCCUCUUUUGCCGCGAUUGGUCUCAGAUGAACAGGGUGCAUUCCAGAAGGGUAAGAUUAUUUCUUUCAAUAUUAGUCUGGCCUCGGAGCUAGCAAAUCUUAUGCAUUCCGCUGUGAGGGCUGGAGGCAUGGGAUUGAAAUUGGACGUGCAGAAGGCAUAUGACUCCUUAUCAUGGAUCUCUUGGAUCCAGCUUCUUUUAAGCUCUUCCAGGUUAUCUGUUUUAGUGAAUGGAGGGCCAGUGGGUUUUUUCCCAGUGGGCAAAGGUCUAAGACAAGGAGAUCCUAUUUCUCCAUUCUUAUUUAUUUUGGCAGAGGAGGUGUUCUGCAGAGGUUUGAAGUUGCUAGUAAGGGAUGGGAAGCUGAAGUCUCUCCCGGGACCUCGAGGUGUGUCCAUUCCCUCUCAUUUAUUUUUUGCAGAUGAUAUAUUUAUUUUUAUGAAUGCUUCUGCAAAAUAUGUGAAGAAUCUCCAAGAUUUCCUAGAAAAAUAUCAAGCUUUUGCAGGGCAGAAUUUCAAUCUGGAUAAAAGUAGCCUGUUUUUUGGGAAGGUGGCACCCCACAGGAAACAAUAUAUUUUUUCUCUGUUAGGUAUAAAAUCAGAGAGGCUUCCAACGAAGUAUCUAGGCGUGGAAAUUUUCAAGGGAAGAGUGAGAGGAUCUCAUCUGUUACCUUUGCUAGAUAAGAUAAAAAGUAAGCUAACUGGAUGGAAGGGUAAGCUGCUCUCAAUGGCGGGAAGAGUGGAGUUGGUGCGAUCUGUGAUCUCUAGUAUUCCUGUACAUAACUCUACAGUAUAUUGGUGGCCGGACCAUUCUAUUAAAUUGGUGGAACAGUGGAUGCGUAAUUUUAUCUGGUCAGGAUGGGUCAAAUCAAAUUCUUACGGCUGCUUGUUGGGCAAUCCGGGAAAAGCAGGUGGGGGAGGUCUUCUGCGCAAUGAGAAGGCUGAAGUGUUAUAUAAUUACAGAGAGUUCUUUCAAAUUGGCACAAAUUUUGAGGUGAAAUUCCAGGCUAUUAUCGGAGGAAUUGAAGCUGCAAACCGAUUAGGGGUGCAAAAGCUCCGUGAAAGGGGUAAUGUUAAUGAUGCUUGGAGGAUAUUCAAUGAGAUUAUCAUCAACAGUCGGUUUGUUCUAGCAACAAGCAUUGUUAAUUUUAUUCUUAGUGGUUACUGGAAAGUGGGAAGACUAGCUGAAGCCGAGAAUCUAUUUCAGAGCAUUCAGAAGGGGAGUUUCACAGGGUUACCUGAUGUCUCAACAUACACCAUCAUGGUUGAUGGAUACUGCAAACAGGUUAAUAUUAUAAAGGCACUCUAUGUAUUUGAAGAAAUGUUGAAACAUUGA